UUGGGGUUUGCUUAUCAAGCAUGGCCGAUAAGCGACUUCAAGGGUUAAAAAUCACAACCCCGCCAUCAUCCCACUUGGGCUCUCUACAAUUAGCACUUCGGGGUCGCAGGAUUUGGACAAGAGCGCAUUUCACGACCUCCCAAUCUCCCAACCUCUCGACCGCUCUACCUUUUGCCCUUCGCACGUCUUCAUUCUCACACAGUACUUGUACUUGCAAAAUGUCGUCUUCGAAUCCCCACCAAGACCAUCCCGAGGACGAUGAGGAGGUCGAGAUGCUCGCGGAGGACGACAUUCAGGAGGUGGUCGAGGACGUUGAUGCCGACGGAGACAUGGCCAUGGGCUCGGACGACGAGGGCGAGGAAUUUGUUCUCCAGAAUGACAGCAUUGCUUACUUUGACGGCCACAAGGACUCGGUCUUUGCCAUUGCUCAGCACCCUCUCUUCCCGAAUCUAAUCGCGACUGGCGGCUCUGAAGGCGACGCAGACGAUGCUCCCGGAAAAGGCUACGUGAUCGACACCUCUGCCGCCGCCUCCCGCCCCGUCCUUCCUGCGAGCUACAACUCCGACCCCAGCGCCUCGGCCGUUCCCAAGACCACCGAGCUGCAACCGCUCUUCCCCAUCGAGGGCCACACCGACAGCAUCAAUGCCCUUGCCUUCACCCUCCCGCGCGGAGAGUUCCUCGUGAGCGGUGGCAUGGACGGACGCCUGCGUGUCUAUGCCGUUGCCGCCUCUUCUUCAUCUGCACCGCAGUUCAAGUUCCUCGCCGAGUCUCAAGAAACCGAGGAGAUCAACUGGCUCGCGCCCUGCCCCUCCGCCAACUAUCCCAACACCAUCGCGUUCGGUGCCUCUGACGGCUCCGUCUGGGUGCUGACCCUCGACGCGUCCGACCCAUCCAACCCGAUCCAAAUCGUCCAAACCUACUUCCUCCACACGGGGCCCUGCACGGCCGGCGUCUGGACGCCCGACGGGCUCCUCCUGGCGACCGUCAGCGAGGACUCUUCUCUGCACGUGUACGACGUGUGGGGCGCGGCGGCCGCCAAGUCCCUCGUGACCGACAACGGGCAAACCGUCGUCUCGCUGACGGACGCCGACCAGCGCUUCGCGGUCGAAGGCGGCCUCUACUCGGUCGCCGUCUCCCCGUCGGGCGGCCUGCUCGCCGCCGGCGGCGCCCACGGCGCGAUACGCGUCGUCAACCUGCCCCGGCUUUCCCAACCCACAACCUCCUCCUCAUCCCGACAGCAGUCCACCGCUGCGGCCCAGACACAGGCAGGCACGAUCCUGGCCGCCCUCGCCGUCCAGGAGGACAGCGUCGAAUCGCUCGCCUUCUCCCCUUCUCCCGCGGCGCCGCUCCUCGCCGCGGGCUCGGUGGACGGCAGCAUCGCCGUGUUCGACGCCAGCCGCUCCUUCGCCGUCCGCCGGCACCUCAAGGGCGUGCACGACGGCGAGUCGGUCGUCAAGGUCGAGUUCGUCCGCGCCGCGACCACGCCCGCCGCGGCCGGCUGGCUGCUCACCUCCUGCGGCCUCGACGGGGUGGUGCGGCGGUGGGACCUGCGCGGCGCCACGGCCAGCCAGGCGGCCGUCGCGGGCGGCGCCGCGUCCGGGCUGGUCAAGGAGUGGAAGGGCCAUCGCGGCGGCGGGGAGGGCGGCGGCGUGUUGGGGUUCGUCCAGGGUGAGACCGGGGAGAGGAUCGUCACGGCCGGGGACGACGGACUGGUCUUGGUGUUUGAGGCAUAGGUCGGUUGGGACAGGAUGUUACACGAGACAGGGGGGGGAUGAUGAUGUGUUUUCUCGGUAGAUAAUUAGAGCGGAGAUGUUAUGCGUGAAUCCGGCGUUUUGGGGGGUUUCCCUUGGCUACUUUCGCAUCUUAUUGGGUGUUGUUUCCCAAGGCGUGCAGUAGCGGUGAUCUGGAGGUUGUGGCCGAUGGAUGUUGGUUAAUUACGCACUUGGAGUGGAACCGUUACUCUCAACCUGAGAGCGCAGGCAAUUGAGACCUAUACGCUUUUCAGUUCUAUUUUAAGCAGGUCAUACCAUUAGGACCUUUUUCACUCGAGUCCCUCAUCCUUCC